CUACCCACUCAGGCCUUUAAGGGUACAUAUGUCAAUAUUUAUGUAAAUAAAAAAACACGACAAUUUGUUCCAAUUCAUAUAGGAUUUUAAAUUAUUAUACUUUAGGCUCUUUUUGGCAUGUAGCUAGGCUGUUUCCUCUGCUCUCAUCAAAUUCAAAAUUUCUUCCUUGUCCGAAAAUCCUUAAAAUUAUCAUUUAGAUCGCGGAAUUAUGCACAAGACCUGGAAUAAGCCGUUGCACAAGCGCAAGAUGUGGCAGAACGUGUCGAGUCCUGGAAAGCUGGUCUACUAUAUGCAACCGCUGGUGGAGCACAUGUUCGAAAUCUGGAUGCAGCCACUGCCCUUCCCCACGCUCCUCAAGUUCGCCUACAGCUGCGGUUUGUUCUUCUUCAUCCUGCUGCCCAUCAUGUACCCGCUGUUCGUCCUGGCUCUCUACUUCGGCAUCUUCCAGUACAUCGGCGAGCAGCACUUCGGGGCGGUCCCGUCCGAAAACUGGGACCUCCUUGGUACCGCACGGCACCUCUGGCGCUUCGAGGUAACCAAUAAGAAGUAUCUGUUGUUCGUGACCAUGUACAUCGACCGCUACCGAGUGAUUAUAACCGCCAUAUCAUCGACAGUCGACUAUAUGCGCAUGGCCCUGAGCUUCGUCUUCAGCUGAGCCAGGAUCGCCAGUUUUGGAUAAAUAAUGUUUUUUUUUUGUUUUGGAUAUAGAAAAUCGAUUCUUUGUGCGAUUUUUGAUUGAAUAUUUAGACAAAAGUUGAAUAGUAACUAUUACUAGCCAUGGAUCAUAAAUAA